AUGCAGGUGGCUCUCAAGGAGGAUCUGGAUGCAAUAAAGGAGAAGUUUCGAACUAUGGAAUCUAAUCAAAAGACAUCAUUCCAAGAAAUUCCUAAACUGAACGAAGAUUUGGUGCAGAACCAAAAGCAGCUAGAACAAAUUGAGACUGGAGAACUGGGACUGAAUAAAAUUUGGACAAAUAUCACAGAGAUCAAUUAUCAGAUAUCACUAUUGACUACAAUAGUAAGUCAUCUCAAAAACAACAUAAAGUCUGCUGCUGGUCUGAUUUCUCUUCCUCUCACAGUAGAGAAACUUCAGAAGACUGUAGCAAACAUAGGUAGCACACUCACCAGUGUGGCUCAUGAUGUUGAAAAUAUACAGACAGCUAUUGAAGAAUACAAGAAAUCCAUAGAAACACUCCAGAAUGACGUGGAAUUAAAACAGAUGCCUUCACUUCCCUCCACUGUUGUGCCAGGAACGGAGAGAAAUCUGACAGAAAAUUGCAAAAAGGAAAACCAGGCACUACGUGCAGCUUUGGAAGAGCUAAACAAUACUGUAGUCACGUACCAAAAGUUGAAUGACAUCAGACUCCUAAAUGUGGAUUCAGCCAUUGGCAACCUUAGCCGGAAGGUUUUGCUGUUUGAAAACUCUCCCCUUGCUGUGAAUAAUCUGGACAGAAGAGAGAACUUGUCUACCAAUGUGGGGAAUGAUGCAACUACCUCUCUAAAAGUGCAAAGUGAAGAUCAACCAGAUAGUGAAACUCAGUCAAAUAAAGAACUGAAGAAAACAGGAACUAGAGAUUCUCAGGUAUCAAAACUGAGAGAGACACUUCAGCUGAUCAGUGCUCUCACAGGCAAGCCAGAAAAUGACAGAUCCAUUGAGACAUCAAAGAAUGUUGAAAGUAGUGCGAGUGCUACAGCAGAGCCCACAGAUCUUUCAAGGCUGGCUUCAAGGUCAGCUGGUGACAACACGGAGAGUAAUGGGCAGCUGAACCAUCUGUCCUUACCAGGAAUUUCCAACAUCAGAGAUCUCCAGAAUUUGUUUGAAAAAGCAGCUGAAGAUGCUGAUGGAAAACUCUCAUAUGAGGAUCUUCAAAAGCUGCUUGGCUCCACAGCCCCAGAGUCACAGAGCUUUAAGGAAUUUGACACUGAUGGAGAUGAGAAAUACACACUAAAAGAACUGAGAUUAGCAUUAGGUAUAUAG